AUGCGUCUCUGUCUCCUCGUAGCGAAAUCAGCAGCCGCCGCGCACGUUGUCAUGACUUACGGGUUCCAUGCUGGCCCGGCCGCAGGCGCUUCGAUGCUGCCCACCUUCGACAUCGCCGGAGACUGGAUCCUCAUCGACAAACGCUUUCGAUUAGGGCGCAACAUCGUCGUCGGCGACCUUGUCAACUAUCGCAUUCCCAUCUUCAGGCACAGCGAGGGCGUCAAGCGCGUGAUAGGCAUGCCGGGAGAUUAUGUCCUCAUGCAAAGCCCGGAUAGUGACUCACAGAGAAUGAUCCAGGUGCCCCAAGGCCAUUGUUGGCUGGCCGGUGACAAUCUAGAAGCGUCCAGAGACUCGCGGCAAUUCGGCCCUGUGCCCUUGGCUCUCAUCCACGGCAAGGUAAUAGCCAGGCUGUUGCCAUGGUCCAACCGGCAAAUAUUUGAGAACGGACUUGUCGAGCCUGAAGUGAUCCCGCAAAGUGAAAGACGACGAUAG